AUCAGUUCACAGCUCUGUUCGCAGAGAACCGCAGGAUGUCUGCAACAAACUGUUCAGAGCUGGAUCUGGAGCUGGGAGACUUACUGCAGGAGUUUAAUGAUGUUGUGAAGGAGCUGAGCACACCCCAGGCCUCUGAACAUGUGCUGAGAGAUGUGAAGAGACACACAGCACUGACUGAUGGAGACGAUUCAGACUACUGCAGCGAGGCUUCGCUGGUAAACAGCUUGAAUGCCAGUCAAGAGGAGCUCAACAUCCCAAGCAUAACCACAGCCCCAAAAGCCAGGCUCGGGGAUACCAGUGACCUACAGAGCUUCAUUGAAAACCUGGAUAGAGAGCUUGCAGAGAUGUGAGAUGACGGGACACACGUGAUCAGAGAGGACUGAGCACCUGAAGAGCUGGCAUUUAGCUUCCACGCAUAGAAAAACACAGCUUGAAGGCCUCAUUUCCCCCACUUCACUAAGAAAAAAAGCUCACGGUUUUGGAAGAAUUACCAAGUUUCUCAGAAGAUGUUUUAUUAAAAAAAUACAACAUUUAUAUGAAAAGCACAAUUCCUUGUAAGUUAUGAAGAUUUAUUGUUAAUAGCUAUUUUUCACUUUUUUUUAUGAAGAAUGUAAAAAUAUCAGUGCU